GCCCCGCAGGGCCGCGCCCUCGGCCCCUCGCCCCGCCCCGCCUGUUGUCUUCCAGUUCCAGCUCGCACCACCUCCCACUUCCGAUCUCGCCUCACCCUCUGCUCCGCAAUUAUUCUGACCCCCACCCACCCCUGCCGGUCAUCUCCUACAAACCCUUCACAUCCAAGUAUCCAACCCACGCACGAAACACAGGCUGCGGCGCUGCGCCAUCUUUCUCAGAUAGAUGGCGAGCUCCGGUGAGGACGUGCGUGCGGCGGCGGCCCCAGGCCAAGGCUUGCGCGCGGCGGAGUCCCGCGGUGAAGUCGUGCUCGUGCCUGCGGCGGCCGCGGCCUCCAGCGAGGAUGGGGCGGUCAUGCUGUUGGAGGACGGACGACUACCCCUGCACGGCGCGCUUCCGAUUCCGGCGGCUCCUCGCGUUCCUCCGCUGGGAAUACUGCUGCGAUAAGAUCUACGGCGUGGCAAAAGAAUGGUUGGGUGUGAUCUUCCACGUGGAGGACCUGGUGGCGCAGGUCAAAGCCGGCAAAUUGCAGGAGGCGUAUCAGUAUGUCCGCUCCUUCGCGACCAUCAAUGACUCGAGCAAUGAGGCCGAACUCCUCGCACAGUUUCUCCAAUACCUCAAGGCCAUCAGCGGCUUCUCUGAAGGCCGCAUCAGGGAGGGAGGCCUUUUCCGCGACUGGUUCGGUAGGAUUUACGGGCAUCCUAAGCUCAACACUUACCCCUGCUUCGCCUCCAUCGUUGCCGAUGCCCUCUUCCUGCGCAUAGCUCAACUCAGCUUCAGGAGCUCCCUGAACUGGAAACUUGUCUGCAACAAGGCAGCGGAGAUGGUUGAGGAAAUGGCCUACAAGGCGCCCGAUCUCAAGGAAAGGAUGCGUUACCCACGCUGCCGGAGCGACCUGUACGAUGUAAUGCCCAUCACGUCUAGCUUUCGUGGAAGGUGAAGAACAUUGGCCACAAACAACUAACCGAUCUUGCCCAGUUUUAUCUUCAGAUGAAGAAGAGGCUGCCUUCUUCAAGUCAGGCGAAAUGUCAUGAUUAUUCAGUUUUUCCACUCAUAGAGGUGCUAGCUUAUAAAUAUAUACCUGAACGCUUGAGAGAACUAGCAAAUCGAUGUAAACAUACAUCCAACCAAGGCAUGAACUACUUGAGGUUUGAGGAGUCUCAGCAGGAUACUGCCCAUCCAGGAAAUGAUUUAAAGAGGCCACGAACAACUGGGAAUUUUGGUGAGUUCAGGAGCUCAGACAGGACGAUGGUGUGUGCCAGCCAUGCUGUGGUGGCCUCCGACUAAAUUAUGGCUUAUGCUGUGUUUGCUCUUUGUGUUCCUCAGCUGAAUAGACCUUUAAUUACUUAUGGAACUUGUCAGAAUGCCAUGUCAUCUGUCGGGGCGCCAGUUUAUCCUGUUGCUACUUACUAGUACUCUUUUCAAGCAUUACUGGGGACAUCUAAGUGUGACCUCGAACAAACAUUGUAAUAUUAUCGCACUAUUCUAUUUGUCUAGUUCGUAUCAAAAGGCCAUAAUCGGUUGACAUGGUCAAAA